AUGAGGAGUGGAGGUGGGGGGGUGGCCGCAACGUCCCCUCUUACUAACCCCCACAUCCCCACCCCCAAUCAACCAACCCUCUGUAACCUCACCCCCCAUUUCAACCGCCCCCUGGAACUGCACUCCCUCCCCCCUUUUCUUCCUCCAGACCCCUCCCCACCCACGAUGGUCCCUGUCCAAUUCUUCACAAGCGGGGCUGCUGGUCAUAGGUGGGGCUGUUUGUCACAGGUGGGGCUGCUGGUCACAGGUGGGGCUGCUGGUCACAGGUGGGGCUGCUGGUCACAGGUGGGGCUGCUGGUCACGGGUGGGGCUGCUGGUCACAGGUGGGGCUGCUGGUCACAGGUGGGGCUGCUGGUCUCGGGUGGGGCUGAUGGUCACAGGUGGGGCUGCUGGUCACAGGUGGGGCUGCUGGUCACAGGUGGGGCUGCUGGUCACAGGUGGCGCUGGUGCCUGGUGCUGGCGGCUGGCGCUGGUGCUGGUGCCUGGUGCUGGCGCUGGCGCUGGUGCCUGGUGCUGGUGACUGGCGCUGGUGCUGGUGCCUGGUGUUGGUGGCUAGCGCUGGUGCUGGUGCCUGGUGCUGGCGGCUGGCGCUGGUGCUGGUGCCUGGUGCUGGCGGCUGGCGCUGGUGCUGGUGCCUGGUGCUGGCGGCUGGCACUGGUGCUGGUGCCUGGUGUUGGUGGCUGGCGCUGGCGCCUGGUGCUGGCGGCUGGCGCUGGUGCUGGUGCCUGGUGCUGGCGGCUGGCACUGGUGCCUGGUGCUGGCGGCUGGCACUGGUGCUGGUGCCUGAAGACUGGCGCUGGUUUUGGUGGGUGGUGCUGGCGUAACGGCGUUGGUGCCGGUGCUGGUGCUGGUGACUGGCUUCAGUGCUGGUGCUGGUUCCUGGUGCUGGUGGCUGGCGCUGAUGCUGGUGCCUGGUGCUGGCGCUGGUGCCUGGUGCUAGCGGCUGGCGCUGGUGCUGGUGCCUGGUGCUGGCGGCUGGCGCUGGUGCUGGCGCUUGGUGCUGGCGGCUGA